GGAUAAAAUAAAAUAAAAAUAAAAACUUAUUUUUUUUCCUCCCCCACUCUCCCCGACCUCCACCCUCUGCCACCCCGGCCGCCUCACCGCCGCGCCGUCCUCCUGCACGGCGGCGCCGCCGCCGCCAAAGCUGAGCCUGCUCUCUUGCCGACCGGCGCCCAACUCCCAGCCUCGGCCUCCACCCUUCCGAUUCUUGCGUCUCGGCAUCGGAAGCGAUGGGGAAGAGGGUGAAGGCGAAGGCCAAGAAUCCGAGGAAAGCACAGCAACAACAGGAGCCGACGGCAGCGGCGCCCUCUGAUGCUGGAUCUGGGGAUGCGGCGGCGGCGGCGGCGCAGGACUCGGGGAAUUCGACGGAGGAAGCUGCUGCUGCUGCUGCUGCUGCCGCGUCGGCCAGCGGCAGGGAGCAGUGCGGACACUACGGCGGCGACAGCGCCCGCUUGGACAAGGUCCUCUUGGAGAUCAUGACGUCCAAGCAUUUCGCGUCGUGCGAGCAUUGCCGGGAUGAUGCCCCUAGGAAGAAAGGGGGUGGCAAGGAGAAAGGGGGUAAGCAGCAGCAGAAGAAGAAAGGAGGUGGAACGAAAGGUUCCGCGGCCAAGGCGAAGGUGGAGAAGAGUGACAUGUGGGUGUGCUUGGACUGCGGUCGGCAUUUCUGCGGGGGUGAGGUUGAUGUGACCAAGCCGUACGGCCAUGCCCGAAGGCAUGCCAAGCAGGACCGGCAUUGGUGGGCUGCACGGUUUGAUGAUCCGACUGUUGCGUUUUGUUUGUCGUGUGAGAAGGAGGUGUCGAUCGAGAUGCCUAGAAUAGAGACAGUUGCCGCAGUGCCAACAGAGGUGGCUGGUGCAGCUGACAGAGAUCUAGGUUUGGUUAACUCUCAUGGUAGUGUAAUCAGAGGGCUGCCAAAUCUUGGGAACACAUGCUUCUUCAAUGCAGUGAUGCAGAGCCUCCUCGCGCUUGAUAGGUUGCGCAGUAAGAUGUUGGGACCAGAUGUUCCAACGGGGGCUCUUUUGAUGUCAUUGAAGAAACUCUUCAUGGAGACAAGUGCUUCAAAUGAUGUAGGAGGUGCGCUGAGUCCAAAGAAUCUCUUCUCAAAUAUUUGCUCAAAGUACCCGCAGUUCAGGGGCUUCCAGAUGCAGGACAGCCAUGAAUUACUCCGCUGUUUUCUUGAUGGUCUGCACACGGAGGAAAAUGAAGCACGGAAGCUAGCGGAUGAAGCUUCAAGUGCAACCAUUCCUACAAUUGUCGAUUCCAUCUUUGGGGGUCAGCUGUCUAGUACAGUGUCCAGCACAGAAUGCACACACAGUUCUGUUAAACAUGACCAAUUCCUUGAUCUGUCACUACCAGUUCCAUCCAGGAGGCCUCCAGCCAAGAGUGUGUCAUCACCACCAGCAAAGAGGAACAAACAAUCCCUAAGAGAUAGGAAUAAAAAUCGGAGAUAUGGGAAGAUUUCGACCCGAGUGACUCCUACAAUAGAGGUGAGCAACAAAGAAAAGAUUCAAACAGUUGCUGAAGGCAAUAAUUCCCUGAUUCCUGGUUCAGAGUCAGGACAGGUUGUCAGUGAGAAAGAGCCUGAGCCUUCUGAAUGCAGUGAGUCAUGUGCUUCUGUGCCUAAUCUAGAACAAACAGGUACUUCAAAUGUGGAGGAUGGCACUUGCUGGUUGGAUUACAUUGAUGAUGCAGAUGAAGCAAAAUCAGAGAUUCUUGAUUCUGCAGAUUCUAUUGAAGCGGGACAGAUCUGGGAAGACAAGGGUGUUACUUAUGGUCCAUUUCUUCCACAGGAUGAUGCCUUAUCGAAAGAGCAGGUCUUGGGUUCUGAACACUCUGGUGAAAACCCUAUUGAUGAUGCAACAUCUUCACAGCCUGUUAUCUUGCUUCCUUACAAAGAAUUUGGUUCCACUGCCAAUGAAAUGGAUGGAACCACAGAAAAUUCACAGAAACCAGAAGAUGCAGUUGCUCCUCCAGCUGUUUCUCCCUUGCCAGAAGAUAAUGCACAACCUGCAUCUGUUGGCGAUGGGGAUCAAGAUGACUAUGUUGGUCUUGGUGAUAUGUUCAAUGAGCCUGAAGUUACUUCUGAAGUCAAGAAAGAAAUAGGUACAGUUGAAGAUAUUGAUGUGAUGGCCUGGAGUAGCAACAGUGCUGAAGACGAGGUGGAUGAUAGUAAUGCUCCCGUAUCAGUUGAGGGCUGCUUGGCUUUGUUUACUGAACCGGAGUUGCUCUCUGAACCAUGGCACUGUGAGCUCUGCUCUGACUCUAUUGCAUGCCCAAACACCAAUGAUGGCAAAGAUGAUGAGAUGGCGACUAGUGUCAAUGAAAGAAAGGAUGGUGAGGAGAUGAUGGCAGGUGGUGAUGAAACACAAGACGGUGAUAAGUUGAUCGCUAACUGCACCGAAAAGGAGGGCAUUGAUCAGAUUAUGGCAACUGACGGUUGCUCAGAUAAUUUAAAUAGUGAUAUGAACAGUAAAGAAGGUGGUUGUGCAAAUUCUUCUUUGGUUGGUGCUGACAACUCAGUUGAUGCUAACUUUCCAGAAAAUGGGAAAGUUGCUUUACUGAAAACAGGUUCGUCACUUGUUGACACAACUGAACAGGCAGACAGCAAAGCAUAUCGUCGAGAGAUUAGGGAUUUGAACAACUCAGCAGUGGAAUAUACAUCUUCGAGUAAGCAACCUCAUGAUUCUGCCCAGCAUAAGGAUGAACAUAAUGUGGAUGUAGCCUCUGAAGAAACAACUGCACCAGAGUGUUCUUGUGACAACGAAUCUGCCUCUUGCAGCACAACCAAUAAGAAUGAAGCUGAAUGUGGUGUUGGUGCUGAAGAAAUUGUUACUAGUAGCCUUCCAUCUGAGACGCAAAGAAUCUUACCAGGUGAAAAAGACAAUGAAGAUGUUGUCACGCGGAAUCAUGGCAGAAGGAAGCGAAUGAAGAUGGUUGGCAAGGCACAUCAAGGGCAAGAUAACCAAAAUGAACAGAAAGAGAAUGGAAAAAAGGUUUUCAGAUCUGCAAUGAGAAGGAUCCUUAUUAGCAAGGCGCCACCUGUAUUGACAAUUAAUUUGAACAGAUUCAGUCAGGACUCGCAUGGUCGGUUCAAGAAAUUGAAAGGGCAUGUGCACUUUAAGGAGACACUUGAUGUGCGGCCAUUCAUGGACCCAAGGUCUAAGGAGAAUGACAAUACAACUUAUCGUCUCGUUGGCGUUGUUGAGCACUUGGGAACCAUGGCAGCUGGGCAUUAUGUUGCAUAUGUGAGAACUGGCAAGAUUGGGGGUCGGCAGCAGAGGAGCACCGGCUCCAAGUCAUGGUUUUAUGCAAGUGAUGCACAAGUCAGAGAAGCCUCUCUGGAGGAAGUUCUUAACUGCGAGGCUUACAUACUGUUUUACGAAAGGGUGGGAGACUAAGAAAAUUAUGUCUGCCAUCCAGCAACAUCAAUCAGUCUCUAUCAGGGCAUGUUCAAAUGGCAAGCAAUAGAUAAGAAACGUCAUUUUUUGGAAAAUCAGAGGCUCAGUUAGUCUUCAUACUAAUUACUAUCCAUCAAGUCCAUUUUGUUUCUUUGAUUGAGUCCAGUUGGCCUUGUUACCAUUUGUCUACUCAGUCAAAGAGAUUUUUCACAAGUGGACUUGAGCAGUUAAUCUGUUCAUACUGCCUACAGCCUUUUUGUCUUUUGAAGCAUAUUUUGGAGGUGUGCAAAUGUUCAGAAUUGGCGAGCUGCUCAUACAUAUCUUGGCAAGGGCUCUGUGGAGAAGCCCAUAGAUAUUGUUUUACAACCAAACAAACAAUGUUCACCUUAGUACUACAUAUUUUUUGAUUAUUAUGUCUCCAGUCUCCACCCCUAAAUUUUGAGUGAUGGGGGUGUAUACUGUAACGUGCCUUAGGUCCAUUUAAAAGUGGUAAUUACAUACUUUUACCUCUGUCAUCUGGGAUGGAAAAAAAUGCUCCUUUUAUUGAGAAUUUUUCUGUUUCAUCAGAAUGUAGUGUUCGUGCUGUUGUUUGCCCUGGAGCUUGUGUUGAAAUGCAGUGUUUUUUUUCUUUUUU